AAUAUGCUCCUUAUCGCAUGGCAGUUAAGAUAACUGUCGAUAACUGGUCCACAUAUUUUGCUCAAGGAAAAACUGCGGUGGCAUACAUUCGAAGGGAUUCAAAAGAGCGACCGCGGCAGGACUCGAACCUGCAAUCUUCUGAUCCGAAGUCAGACGCCUUAUCCAUUAGGCCACGCGGCCACGACAUGAUGAUAGCUGGUGCACAUUAUCUUUUUAACACUGCGAUAGACAAUGUUCAUUUUCAAUAUGUGAAGUACUUUUGCAUGAGACGUUACGAAUUAUCUACUGCUGCCCGUUUUGAAAAAGUACGGUAGCGUGUUUUGGGGAAUUUCAUCAAAUCAUUUGUUUGUAUUGCUAAAAAUCCGAUGCAGUCAUCCGGACCACUUGGUGUCGCUAACGCUUCGUCUUGCUUUUGUUAGUUUAACAGCCCCGUGUGUUGACAUCACAUGCUAAGUUACCAACUUCAUUUUUUAUGGAGCGAUUUAACACAUUAUUUGGUUGAUUACUUUAACGUUUUGUCUCAUAACACAGACCGGCGCUAGUGUGAAGUCCCCAUGAGGUGAUGUUGCAUCUGUGGCGCUGUCCUCUGCAGAGAACUCUCAUUUCUCUACAAUGGAGGUGUCUGCGCUCCCUCUACUCCACCAAGCCUCACUCUCUUCAGGGCAACGACUCCACAGAGACCCGCCUGAACCCCCUUAACAUUCAGAUGCUGUCAAAGAACCUCCACGAGCAGAUAUUUCGAGGAGUGGAGCCAGAGUACAGAGAGGACGAUGUGGAGCGCAGCAUUCAGCACCUGCAGAAACAUCAGCUUUGGGGGAAGGAAGCGUCACUGUUGCCUGAAGUGGAGCUGAAGCUUCCCCCGAUGUAUGGCAAAAAUAUUGAUGAGCACUUUCGUACCUUGGCUGAGAAGCAGAGUCUUCCCUAUCUUGAGGCUGCCACCAAGCUGCAACUGGCUGAGCUCCCUCCCAUGCCUCAGGAAUGGAGCUGGGAGGUUGGCUGGACGCGCUAUGGGCCCAGUGGGGAGAGUCAGAAGAUUGAUUUCCCAGAAGAGUCAGCACUGGUGUUUGAUGUGGAGGUGUGCAUGACUGAAGGAAGGUGUCCCACACUGGCUGUCGCUGUGUCUCCCACUAACUGGUACUCCUGGUGCAGUAAGCGUCUGAUUGAAGAGCGUUACUCCUGGUCAAACCAGCUGACCCUAGCUGACCUCAUCCCCUUGGAGACACCUAUCAACUCUGCCCGCUCACCAGGGGGUCAGUGGAAGGAGAGGCUUAUAAUAGGCCAUAAUGUCAGUUUUGACCGAUCUUUCAUUAAGGAACAAUACUUACUAAAGGGUUCUAAGAUGCGCUUCAUGGACACCAUGAGUUUACACAUGGCCAUCUCCGGACUGACUGGGUUCCAGCGCAUACUGUGGAUGGCCAAUAAGCUGGGUAAAAACAGGGGUCUUCAGGAGGUCAAGCAGCACAUUAAGAAAACUGGACAGAAAAAUGAGGGUCCAAUGAUUGGCUCUUGGGACUGGGUUAAUAUUAGCAGCAUUAAUAACCUGGCUGAUGUCCAUGCUCUGUAUGUGGGAGGGCCGCCACUGCAGAAAGAGGCCAGAGAGACAUUUGUUAAGGGCAGCAUGACGGAUGUCAGAAACAAAUUCCAGGAGUUAAUGCAGUACUGUGCCAUGGAUGUGGUGGCCACACAUCAAGUCUUCACAGAACAGCUUCCCCUCUUCAUGGAAAGGUGCCCUCAUCCAGUGACGUUUGCAGGAAUGCUGGAGAUGGGUGUUAGCUACCUUCCUGUCAAUCAAAACUGGGGGCGCUACCUGGAAGAUUCUCAGGACAUUUACGAAGAGCUCCAGAGAGAGAUGAAGAAGUCUAUGAUGACUCUAGCAGACGACGCCUGCCAGCUGCUUCAGGAUGACAGAUACAAGGAAGAUCCCUGGCUUUGGGAUCUUGAGUGGGAUGUGCAGGAGUUCAAGCUAAAGAAAGUAGCAGUCAGCAAGAAGAAAAAGUCGAAAGAAGCAGCUGAAACAAAAGUUGCUACUCCUCUUCCGGACUGGGAAGAAGACCCAGGUCCACCCUCUGAAGAGGAGAUGGCUGGCCCCUCCCCCAGCAGGCUGGCUGUGGAGAAGCUGAAGGAAACAGUCAAUCGACUUCCUAAAAGAAGGCAACACCUGCCUGCACAUCCAGGGUGGUAUCGUAAGCUGUGUGAGAAGAUGUCUGAGGAUGACAGCUGGUCACCUGGAGCCAGCCUCAUCAGUCUACAGGUGAGAGUGACUCCUAAGCUGAUGGGUCUGAUGUGGGAUGGUUUCCCCCUGCAUUACACAGAGAAACAUGGGUGGGGCUACCUGGUACCAGGACGCAGGGACAACCUGGUGUCUGAGGAGGACAAUACAGGGCCUGUGUGCCCACACAGAGCUAUCGAGAGAGUUUACAGGGAGUACUGUGAGCAGAACAGCAAAGCGCGACCUGAAUAUGUAGAUUGCGAUUCCUCAGAUGACCUCAUGUUGACAGACAACGGAGUGUGGGCAAAGGCGGAGGAGUUAGAUUCCCUGGAGAGACUGACUGAGGACAACGGAGUCAGAAUGAUGAAAAAUGGAGGGAGGAAGAAAAACGGGUUUCAAGAUCCACAUUCUGUACCAGAAGAGAGUCACUGCCCGCAUCACCAUGGAAACGGCCCCUACAAUGAUGUAGAUUUCCCAGGCUGCUGGUUUUUCAAAUUACCUCAUAAGGAUGGUAACAGCAACAAUGUUGGCAGUCCUUUUUCAAAAGACUUCCUGUCCAAGAUGGAGGAUGGUACUCUCAGGGCUGGACGUGGUGGAACCAAUGCGACACGAGCUCUUGAGAUCAACAAAAUGAUGUCCUUCUGGAGGAAUGCCCAUAAACGUAUAAGCUCUCAGAUGGUGCUGUGGCUGCGAAAGGGAGAGCUUCCUCGUUUUGUCAGCAGACACAAAGAGUUCAAUGAGGAGGGCCAGUAUGGUGCCAUAUUACCUCAAGUUGUCACCGCUGGAACGGUAACACGCAGGGCUGUGGAGCCAACGUGGCUGACUGCUAGUAACGCACGGCGGGACCGGGUAGGCAGUGAGCUGAAGGCCAUGGUGCAGGUACCGCCUGGAUAUCACCUGGUGGGAGCAGAUGUAGACUCCCAAGAGUUGUGGAUCGCUGCUGUGCUUGGAGAGGCUCACUUUGCUGGCAUGCACGGUUGUACAGCUUUUGGCUGGAUGACCCUUCAGGGAAAGAAGAGUCAAGGCACGGACCUGCACAGCCGCACUGCUGAUACUGUGGGCAUCAGCCGAGAGCAUGCUAAGGUGUUCAACUAUGGACGCAUUUAUGGAGCAGGACAACCGUUUGCAGAGAGGCUGCUAAUGCAGUUCAACCACCGCCUCAGCCAAAUAGAAGCUUCCAGUAAGGCCAAACAGAUGUACGCCUUAACAAAGGGCAUCCGCAGAUACCAUUUGUCAGAGGAGGGUGAGUGGCUGGUCAAUGAACUGGAUAUAGAUGUGGAGAGGGAAGAAAAUGGAAGUGUCACCCUGCAGGAGUUGCGCAGGAUCAGUAGACUGGCGGCACAGAGCUCUCGGAGGAAGAGGUGGGAUCUGGUCGACAAGCGUCUAUGGGCUGGAGGUACAGAGUCGGACAUGUUCAACAAGCUGGAGAGUAUUGCUCAUUCAGCUGAGCCAGCCACUCCUGUUCUAGGCUGCAGGAUUAGCAGAGCGCUGGAGCCCAAAGCAGUAAGGAAUGAGUUUAUCACGAGCAGAGUGAACUGGGUGGUCCAGAGUUCUGCAGUGGACUAUCUACAUCUGAUGCUGGUGGCUAUGAAGUGGCUCUUUGAGGAGCACGACAUCGGUGGUCGUUUCUGCAUCAGCAUCCAUGAUGAGGUGCGGUACCUUGUCCACAGUGAGGACUGUUACAGAGCAGCGCUGGCACUUCAGAUCACAAACCUGCUGACCAGGAGUAUGUUCGCCCAUGCGUUAGGAAUGCAGGACCUUCCCCAGUCCGUGGCUUUCUUCAGUGCAGUUGACAUUGACCAGUGUCUGAGGAAGGAGGUCCACAUGGACUGUGUGACACCCUCAAACCCCAUGGGCCUGGAAAGACGAUACGGCCUACCACCUGGUGAGGCUUUGGACAUUUACCAGAUCCUUGACAUCACUAAAGGCUCUCUGUACAGAAGAUAGCAGUUGGUGGACCGACCUACUGUUAUUGAGAACAGCACAUCAAAGGCAGCAGCCAGGGCGCUGUUUGCAGGAGGUCAAGAUCUGGAAAUGUGUGAAUCACACAAAGGAGCUCACUGUUUCCUCUUCUUCUUUUUGGGUUCUGGUGUCUCCUCUGCAUCCUGUGACUCUGUGGUCUGAAAGAGAAAUAAGAAACAGAUGCUAAGAUUUCAGCCAGUAGGAGACUACUGGACUGGAGAGAGUUCAAGGGAAUCAAAUAUUCAAAGCAGUACAGAUGCAUUCAAAACAUCACACAUGGGGAAACAUCUGAAUCUUUACUGAUGAAUGUAAUCAGGUAAAGGAGGAGGAUAAAAACAACUGCACUGUGACCGUGGAAGGGAAGACAUACUGCUACAGUAUGAGAUGGCUCUUACCUCCUGACUGUCGUCCUGCUCCUGCAGGGCUGCGUCCAGAGUGGCAGCGUUGAUGCGGAAAUCUCUUGAGGUGCUCAGCUUCAUGUACUGCAUCAGAUUUACCUGGAAAAACACAUUAGUGUUAGUGAAAAACUUCUAACACAGUACUAUCAGCGUUCAGUUAGCUUUCUGUGUUUUGCUCAGUGUUUGGUUUCACAAGUCUCUUUAUGUAUUUUGACAAAAAUAUGUUGUUCUGUUAUCUACCUCAAGCAAUCCAAUUUACACUAGCAUCCUCCCCUGAAAAUAUGUUUCAAUCAAGGAAACUGCAUUCUGAGUUAUGUUUUAAGGGAAACAUUUUCAUCUAGAUUACAGUUGCAGUUUUAAACAUGGAGUUAACAUGAAAUUAUCCCAGUUUAGUAAGGUUAAGGCAAGAAAACAUUGUGGUUAUGUUUAAUUCAAGAUCAUGGUUUGGGAUAAAAUUAGUGUUUGUUGCGUAAAAACGUCAACUUUUGGUUUCAGGCCAAUGCGAAUGAUGGUUUCCUAGCUGAAAGUGGUGUUUUUGUUUGACGCAUUCAUCCCAACAUCCACAAAUAUGACAAACAAAUGUAAUCUGGUAGAAAAUACAUUUCCCUAAGUAAGAUCAUUGACAGUGCAUUGCAUGGGAAUGCAAUGCACUGCAUGGGAAUGUCAUUUUUAGGAGACAAGGCUGUUCACACAUACCUUUGAUUUCUUUGAGAGUGUGAUGAGGAACUUCUCAUACUGCUCAAUACUGAAGAUCACAUUAGGGAUGGCUGUUGUCUCACGCAGAAGUUUUGCCUGGCAAGUAAAAUAAAAAAACACAUUCUAAAUUGAUUCCUUUCAAAUCCAAUUUGUUUGAAGUUUCUGAUUGUACAGUGCAUCUAUUCAUGUUUAUUGAUGAAAUACAUUUCCUUACAGAGGCAGCCGUGUUGACUUCAUUCCUUCUCUUUUUCUUCUUGUCAUCUGCACCUCCACUACUCAAUUCUCCAUUCUGAUAGAGAAAACACAUUUUCAAAACAUCAACACUCCCUCUUGAGGCUGAAUUUACUCAAACAACAGUCAUAAUGAGAGUUGAUCUUAAACCUGGCGCUUUGGUCGGGUCUAGUCUACAAAACUGGACUGAGCCGUACCUGUGCAUAUGUGAUGAAAGAGUAGCACUGUGGUGUUAGAUGAGAGCCUGACAGUUUGACCUGCACAGUAAAAACACUCUGUUAGCUUGACAUCAGAAGUACUAGAAGUUUUAAAAAGAGAAACAAUUCUGCAGACUCACCAGUUUCUCGAAGCGUGCUGGCAGUGCACCGUGCUGGCUGGAACACACCUGGAUGUACUAAAAAAAACAAAAAAUAAAUGAAUGUCACAGGAGACAAACGUUUUACUGACAUCACAGAGUGGACAGAUACGCACGUAUUUGACCAGGGUGGUGAGGAUGGUGUAUGUGCGACUCAGCUCUCUCAGCAGUGUAAUGGUGCAGGUGCCAGGCAGCAGGGCCGUCUGGACCAGCUCAUUUAAUGCCGUCAAAAGGGUCCCGAGCUGCAGCGUCACUGCUUUCUCGAUUGGAUCCUGCUGGCCUGCAGUCUGGGUGGCCUCCCCUACACAUCAGAAAUGUAACGUCACAUCUGUUACCCCUGUUCACUUACAGAGGGUCAUUGCCUUUUCCUCCUUAUUAGCUAGGCGCCUAAUUUUAUUCAAGUGGAAGGCUGCCACUCCUCCAUCACAUCACCACUGGAUAAGGGACGUUAUGCAGAACCUUAAGAUGGAAAAGAUCAGAUGUACCCUCAACGGUUCCACUAACAGAUUCCACAAAACCUGGGACCCUCUAAUAACUUAUGUGAACAAUUUACCUGGCCUGGAACUGGAAUUCUGAAUGAUUACACCUA